UUCAACCGACAUGUGCAUCGCCUUCUGAUGGUGGAAUGCAGGAACACUCCUCUCACAUACAAACUGCUGAAGGACCAUCUAGCUGAGGACGCCAAGAUAUGUCGCAAAUUUACAUCUGAGUUCAGAAGACAAAGGGCGGUGGGUCUACCAUCACUCAGUUUGGAGCAAAACGGGGGCCCGCCUGUCCGUCAACGCUUCAGUAAAGGUGUGUCUACCACACGGAGUGCGUUACACAGAUCAGCCAUCAGAAGCAGCUCUGACAGAACCAGGUCGGUUCCGGCGCUGCAUCGCUACAGUCAGAGGAGAAGGACUGCUGUGUCCAGAGUCUGAUAUGCUGAGGAAACUUCUUCCAGUUCCCAGCUUUGCCUGAAAAGUGCCACCUGACUGCCCUAAUAGCACAGCUUGACUGACAGACUGGCUUUGUCAUGAGUGGGCAACUCAGUGGACGACUAGAUUUACACUCUGUGUGCCAAGUGUCAUGAAAAUGACUACAUUCAGUAAAGCAAUACAAAAACUAUGCAUUGAUACUUCUCUUUAGAAAUAUAGAGAGAUUUAUUGUUGAGAGUUUUUUUUAUUAAUAUAUUAGAAUUACAUUAAGGAAGUUCAUAGAAACUAUCAACAUAUUAGCUUUUUAUCUUCAGUUUUAAAGAAGGAACUUUGAUUGCAGCAUCUCUCACCUCUGUAGAUAUAUCCCUGCCAAGUGGAGCCCUUGCAAAAUUUAAAGAGUAAUGGACAAGCCUUCAGAAAACAGUAAAAACAAGUAUGA